CUCACCUCCAACUCAAGACAUCAUUGCUGCAUUCAAUAGUGUCCCCUCUACCGGUUGUGGCUUGGGAAAGCGACCGACGCAUAGAAACCCCAUCACCUUCACUCGACGGCCCGGCUGCCCCGGCUGCCCCGGCCCCCGCACUCACACCAUGACGAGCUCCGAGGAGCACCAUCAAGAUCAGCCGCCGUCGCAGCAGCAACAUGAGCAGCAGCAGCAACAGCAGCAACAGCAAGAACAUAUCGACGCGCUCCUUCAGCGCUACCUCACCCUGCUAGAUGAGUACACGAGCCUGCGCACGGAGCUGUCGCGCCUGCAGACUGGCAUGUUCCAGGACCUGGCGCGGGCCAACUUCGCCGCGGAGAGGGGCAUGCGGUACGGCGCCGAUCACUACGACGAGCGGAUGCGGGCGCUGCGGACGCUGCGGGUGGACAUGCCAGCAGAGGCGGCGGCGGCGGACUUUGCGGUCGAAGCCGCGGGCGAUCUGAGAGCGGAGGGAGAGGCGGAGCGGGACGGCAAGGAGGGAGAAGGGGCUGCGGAUGAGCAGGAGGGAGAGGGUGCGGAGCGCGUGGAUGACGGCGGAGAGACGGAAAAGGAGAGGCAGCAGCAGCAGAAGCAGCAGCAGCAGAGGAAGAGUGAAGCACAGCCCGGGGUAAGGGACCCGCUGCGAUGGUUCGGCCUCCUCACUCCGCCGGCGCUGCGGUCGGCGCAGGCGCGGUCCGUGGAGGCGGUAGAGCGGGUGAUUCCCCGACUGGCGUCUGUGGAUACCGAGAUGGCUGUCGUGGAGAUUGAGGUGCGCCGGGCGAGGAAGAAGAGGGCCAAGGCGCUGGCGGCGGUAGCUGGGAAGAAAAGGGAGGAGGCCGAUACUGGGGAGAGGAAAGGCGUGGCUACUAGAGGGAUGACGGUGGAGGGACAGGCUGCUUGAUGACAUGAACGGGUCUGGGACCGCUCGCGUUGCUUAUAAUCACAGUUGAUGCAUCGGCAGCAUGUUGGGCCCAUCGCGGCAUUAUCAUUAAUGUGGCACUUGGAGUUAGA